AUGAAGCUUUCUGUCUCGCGUUUUCUCGCCGGUGUUGCGGCGGCGUUGGGUUACGUCGUCCUUGCUGCUGGCGCUUCGGCGGCGACGGUUGUCGUCAACGGCUUCGAAUCCCCGGUGGCCAUGCCGGUCGCCGGCGCGUGGUACGCCGCCGACAUCCGUGACAACGGGACCGCCUCGGUGGUCGAUCUCACCGGCAUGGGCGGUGACCUCGAGUCGAACCAGCCCCUCCCCAAUGGCGCCGCGAUGCUGACCACCGGCAUGGCGAACAACGACAAGGCCGAGGUCGCGACCUACGCCGACUACGGCGACGCGACAACCGUGCUCAACACGGCGCUCUUCGGCUUCGACUACUACAAGCAAACCGUCGCCGGCGGCAACGCGUUCGCGGCCCCUUCGUUCAAGAUCGGCAUCCUGGCGCAGGGCGGCACGGGUGACAACUACGGCCAACUGGCCCCCCCCGCCGACGCUUGGCAGUCGGUGAGCAUCGACGCCAACACCGGCGCCGGCGCCGACCCCUCGGGCGGUUGGUUCUGGACGGGCGGCUUUGAGCUGCCGAACGGCGCUGGCGGCCCGCCGAUCCGUUCGCUCGCCGAAUGGGCGACCGCCUUCGCCACGGCCGACCCGACGGACUUCGCCAACGCCCGUGUCGUGAGCCUCGCGAUGGGCGUCGGCACCUACAACCAGGGCCAGAUCGGCUACUUCGACAACGUCAGCAUCGACAUCCCCGGCGGACUUGCAACAACGUUCGACUUCCAGGCGAUCCCCGAGCCGACGAGCGCCGUGCUCGCCGCCGCCGGUUGCCUGCUGACCGGGAUGCGGCGUCGCAAGUAA